UUUUUGCGUAAUUACAAUUAAUUUAUUGAUUUAUUCUAAUUGCAUGUCUUUUAUUUGAAAUUCAGUUAAAUGAAAUUUUUCAUGAAAUAGUGUAUAACUAAUAAGUAUAGGAACGUUGCUAAAACAUGUGUAUAGGACUAAUAUAACUUCGUCAGUGAAUUUGAAAACGUUAAACUUUAACGCCAACCAUGAAAAUAGACAGCAAACCUUUGCGGUACGCUCAUGCUGAAGGCUAUACGGAUGUCUGCUACAGCGAGGAUGGAAGGCACAUAAUUACCUGUGGUCAUGAUGGUGAUGUUAGAAUUUGGCUGGGUAUUGAGGAUGAUGAUCCAAAUUCUCACUGUGUUGGUGAGAACGCCCUUGCAGUGUGUUUCAAAGACAACAGACUGUAUGUGGCUACAGAUAACCAUGCAGUUCAGGCUUAUACAUUUCCAGCUUUUGAUAAGGAUGGAAUUAUUACAAGGUUCACUGCACCCGUCACACAGAUUAUAUCAAAACCAAAAAUUGAGGCUUUGGGAUGUACUUCAGAAAACAUGGAAGCAAAGAUUUGCAGUCUUGAAGGUGGUGCUCCCUUGUUUGUGAUGCCGGAGCACAAGGGUCCUGUCCUUAGUAUCGCAAUAUGCCCACACAUGAAAUAUGCUUGUACAGCUUCCGGAGAUGGUGCUAUGAAGGUCUGGGAUAUUGAUACACAGAAAGUUGUUAAAGAGGUCUCAUGUGUUCCAAAAAUUAAUACUUUCUUUGCUGCCAAAGUUUUAUGUCGAAUGGAUUUUGAGCCAUCGGAGGGAAAAUAUCUAGCUUAUCCACACAAUAGAGAAAUUAUUGUACUUGACUGCGAAAGCUGGAGUCAACGUAUGGCAUUCACUCAUAGUACCAUAAAAUGCGCAAUAUCCCAAUGCUUAUUUUCCCCCUGUGGGCAGUAUUUAGCUGGCAGUACAGUCGCUGGUCAAAUAGCUGUGUGGGAGGUGGAGUCAGGGACUUGUAUAGGGAUUAUUGAGCAUCCCACUUCACAUAAUGUUUCUGCUCUUGCUUGGAAUCCUAAAGGCAAUGGAAUCCUUGUGUACUGCGAUGUGGCGGGACAAUUGGGCAUGUUGGUGAACUGCUACGGCCAGGAUAGUAACAAAACAGAUGACGACGAUAUUGAAAUGGUUGAAAGAGCUGACGGUGAUGACAACGACGAAUUACUGGACAACCUCAUUGAAAACUACGAGAGUGAUGACGACAACGCCAUAUCGUUGGAGAAGAUAAAGAACGAAGCCCUCGGUUUAGUUGAGAAGGGUGAUUCGAGGCCGGUGUCAGUGGCGCCUCCGUUUGCGCCUAGCACGGUACCUCCGCAAGCACCCUUCCAGCCCUCAUCUACCCCGGUGCAUUUAGAGCAUAGGUACAUGUGUUGGAACGAAAUCGGUAUUGUCCGUUGUCAUACUGCAGAAAACGGAGAGUCGAGCAUCGACGUGGAAUUCCACGACUCGGGCAUUCACCACGGCAUACACCUAAACAAUUACCUCAACCACACCAUGGCCAGCUUGUCUUCACACGUUUUGGCGUUAGCUUGCGAGACGCCUAGUAAAUUGGUGUGCAUAUCACUAGUGGGCAGUAGUAAGGAAUGGAGUGUGUCGAUGCCAGACACAGAGGAAAUCCUUUGUGUGGCCGCCACCAGCGGAUUGGUUGCCGUUGCUACCAACGCGAGGCUGCUCCGACUCUUCACGUCUUGCGGGACUCAGAGACAAGUGAUAUCGUUAGCUGGUCCGGUCGUAGCUUUAGCGGGAUUUAGCACCACAGUGCUUGCGACGUACCACCAUACAGACCCCGGCCUCUCGGACCAGCACCUCGCCGUGGAUAUUGUGGCCCUUAAUGGUCGUCAAGUACGUAGCAAAACCGUCCUUCUGCCACUAACCCCAGGGUCUAAAUUAUCCUGGAUCGGCACCACGGAUGUGGGGUCACCGUGUGCAUAUGACAACACCGGCGUAUUAAGACUGUAUGACGUUUCCAGCGGUGUGUGGAUGCCUAUAUGCGACACCACUUCCCAUUCUAAAGGAGCUUCGGAUUCUUGGUUCAUAGUUUCGAUAUGUGAGCCGACACAAAAGGUGCGAGCGAUACUUUGCCGCGGAGCAUCGUUCCCUGUCACAGUACCUAAGCCAAUUGUUGCUGAACUCCCUAUACAGAUUCCCCUUUGUGAAAUGGACACCGAAAAAGGCCAAUACGAGGAACAAUUAGUGCGAUGGGCGCACACUACAUCGGAGGUUGACGUAAAGGCCGCUAGAGAAACAGCUCUAAAAUUAUUUGCUCUCGCAUGUCGAAGCGAAAUCGAACAAAGAGCUCUCGAACUGAUGGAGCUACUGAAGGACGACCGAUUACUUCCCCUUGCGGCUAAGUACGCGUCGAGAUUGGGCCGAAUGCAUUUGGCUGAUAAAUUAUCAAAUCUGGCUGACACGUGGGAAAGAGAGUCCGACAAAUUCAAUGUUGCACAGAACUCUCACUUCCAAGAACUAGAAACGCAGGAAACUUAUGACGUCACUAAUACAGAGCAGGACCUUAAUGCAAGUCUGAUUAUACCACAGAAAACUGUUAAGAAGAAAACUGAAAAUGACAAUCCCAUAAAACCAGUCCCAAUAAAAUCAUCACCUGGCGGUGCGCGGAAUCCGUUUAGGAAACAACUGGAAACAGCCAAGUUAGUUCAGAGUCCACUAAGCUUGACCGAAAGGACGCUUGUAGAGGUGCACGCUACUGAAGACCAAACUGAAAAUGGUGAUCAUUUAAAACCAAACGAGGGGGAAACAUUUGUUGAUUGGUUUUCCCGCAACAAAUCAUCAUUGGAAAAGGAAAAUCCCGAUCUUACACCAUCUGAGUUAACGCGUCAUUGUGUGAGAACAUUCAAAGCGCUUCAAAGCAAAAACACAGAUAAUGGACUAAAGCGAAAGCUUAAUGAGAGCAUUGAAGAACCCCCACUUGCGAAUGCUCCGAAACAGUCUAAACUAAGUGCCUUCUCGUUUUCAAAGAAGACUUAAAACUUAUUUAUUAUUCUUAAUUAAGGAAAUCAGGUUUUUUAAAAGUUUGGAAUAGUUAAAAAGAAAUUCAGGACUACUACCCUCAAAUUCAAACAAUAUCUUGUCAUCGAGGUAUGGCGAAAAAAAAACAGUGUAUAUGACAAAACAAGAUUUUACUUCCAGCGACGUGCCUUAACCAACGUUUUAUUUCUACUUCGGUUUUUUCUAAGUGUGUGACCUAAAAACAUAUCAAAUGUGUUAAAAUAAGCAAAUUAUGUAUAUAACGACUGAUGCAGGACACGGUCCUACCUAGAUUUAAGUAACACAGUAAGAUACCAUUUUUGAGCAAUUUUUUACUUUAUUUCCACUGUAACUAAAAUAUACUAUUUUAACUCAA